AUGGCGCCGUCCAAGAGCAAGGGCCCCAUCAAGAGGCAUCACGCCUUUCACGGCAUAGUCAUGGUGUUCGGUUGGCUUCUGCCACCUCUAGCCGUGCUCAUCCGCUUCGGCGUCGGUCUUGAUCUGAUCAUCAACAUCUUCUGCACCAUCUGUGGCUACAUCCCUGGUCAUUUCCACAACUUCUGGAUCCAGAACAUCCGAAACAACAAGAACGCGCGACACUCGCCUUCGUGGGCGGUCAAGUACGGCUUGGUCAAGGACUACCGUCUCAAGCGCACCGCAAAUGGGUGGUCCGAUAGGUACGGAGACUCGGCGACCGACUGGCAGAACCAGGAGGUCAUUGUUGAUCCUCUCACUGGCGAAACGCGCCGUGACCCUGCAUCGGCGAGGAAGACGGGCAACAUCCGUGCCGGCAGCCAUUUCCUCUCUCCCUGGGCGGACAACGUCGAAGACAGCCCGCGGGCGGAACGCGAGGACCCCUACGCCGAUGAGAGGAGGCAGAAUGCGGGACGUGCUGGCAACGUCGUGCGUGACCCCGUGACGGGCGCAGUAAUCGACGACGGUGGACGUGGUGGUGAUGACAACUCGCUCUCGCGCACCAGCUCGAGACGCAGCCUCGGCAGCCGCUACGCAGAGCGUUACGGCAUCGGUGCUGGCAAUGACACUAAGGCUUCCUCCAGAAGCUCGCUCAGCUACGCAAACGACGCCAACAAUGGCGGCAGCAGGUGGGGCCGCUCCAAUUCGAACAAGUCCAACAAGAAGGACCGAUGGGCACGAGAGGCCGAGGCUUUCGGAGCUCCGUCGAAGCAGGACAGCUACGACUACGACGACAGGCCCACCAACCACGACAACAUGGCUGCUGGCAACCGCAACAGCCGCAUCCGGGACCCUCUCAGUGAUCGUCACGAUUUCUGA